AUGGAUAAAUCUUCUAAACGAGUUAAUACAAUUGCUUACCGACAAAAAGAUUGUGGCUCGUUGAAUUCAACCAAUCCAAAUGACAUUCAGGCGGUUGUUCUUAAUGAAUCAAGUGCCAACAAAACGUUUGCUAAUCUUGCUCUGGUUGAUGAAAACAUUGCAGCAAGUGAUGCAGCUAAAAGCGAAGAUUCAAACAACACCGAUAUUAAUUUCAUUGUAGAAGUUUCAUCCCCAUCAUCCAGCAGUUGUGAUGAUAAGCAGUUAAUUUCUGUCAACCGGGGAAAACGCAUGUUCAUCCCGUUAAAAAAGUUCAAAUUAAGCAAACUGUGGAGGCAACAUCGCUACAACGUCAAUGAUGAUGGCUCUGAUGAUUUACUUUUAAUAGAAGCCGAAUUGAUGAAAUCCGUUGAUGAAUUAUCCAUAAUUUGCAACCGCUCCAUAUUAAAUCGUGUUAUGUGGUUCAUCUUUAUGUUACUUGCGCUUUCUCUGGCAACGUACCAAAUAAAAGAACGUAUCAUGUACUACCUGACGUACCCCACUUCAACAGAUUUUGACAUCGUAUUUUCCGAUGGUAUACUCCCUCAAGUCACAAUUUGCAACAACAAUAACUUUAAGAGGUCCUCAGCCGAAACUCAAGAUCUGAUAGAGUAUUUCCGGCUGUCAGCCUCUCCUGGCAGACUGGAGUUUCUCAACAACACGGAGCAUACCAAAAUAAGGAAAUUUUUAUCUCCAGGACUUGAACAGUUGAUAGCUAUUGUUAAAUUUCUUGUCACGUAG